CUCCUUCUCCCCUCCCCCCUCCCCAUCCCCCAGACCCGCCCGGAGACCCUUCCCUCUCCCCUCUCCCCCUCUCCCCCUUGCCCGAGGCGGAACGACACGCAGAGCACACACACGCGCACGCUGUCAAGCACACACACACACACAGACGCGCAAACACAUUCACAGUCACACACACGAUGGACAACAUCCCCACCAACGUCAGCUGGGCCGAGCUGGCCGGGCAGAUGGUCGACACGGAGUCGCCGAUGGGCCGGCUCUCGCUGCAGGCCUUCCACCUGCUUGACCAGUUCCUCUACCCCUCCGGGCCGCCGACCGAGACGCUGACCCUCACGUCGCGACUGCUGAUCGACGUCAAGAAUGUGAUCGUCAUUUUUGCGCUCUUCCGCCUGCUUUCGCCCUUUGUGCUGGAUGUCAUCCGCCACGGCCCGGUGGUGGUGGCCGGCGAGUAUCGCGAUGCCCUGAUGCGCACGGUCUUCACCAUGGGCAAGGCCAUUCCGGCGGUCCGCCGUCGCAUUGACCGCGAGCUGGCCGGCGCGAAGCAGCAGAUCGAGCAGCAGGUGGCCCCGGUGUUCCCGGGGAUCAACCGGUAUGCGGCCCUGCCCGAGCGCGGCCUCUCGGUGGACGAGGUGAAGCAGGCGCUGGAUCGCCAUGCCGAGCUGGGCACCGUCCAGCUGGAGAAGGGUCGUGCCUCGGGCACCCUGUACUGGGGUGGAACCGACAUCACCGAGCUCAGCGUGCACUCCUUCGAGCGCUUCACCUGGAGCAACCCCCUGCAUGCGGACAUCUUCCCCGGUGUGCGGAAGAUGGAUGCCGAGGUGGUGGCCAUGUGCCUGGACAUGUUCAAUGCCGGUCCGAAUGCCGGUGGCACCACGACCAGUGGCGGAACCGAAAGUCUGCUCCUGGCCUGUAAGGCGCAUCGGGACUGGGCCCGCGCCACGCGUGGCGUCACCGAGCCGGAGAUGAUUGUCCCGGUCACGGCGCAUGCUGCCUUUGACAAGGCGGCCAGCUACUUCAACAUCAAGAUCUACAAGGUGGGCAUCGAUGGCAAGACCGGCAAGGUCAACCUGGCUGGCGUGCGCCGUCUGAUCAACCGGAAUACCAUCAUGCUUGUUGGCUCGGCUCCCGGGUUCCCCCAUGGGAUCGUCGAUGACAUUGAGGCUCUGGGUCGGAUGGCGCGCCGCGCUGGCAUUGGCCUGCAUGUGGAUUGCUGCCUCGGUGGCUUUGUGGUUCCAUUCAUGGAGGAGGCUGGCUUCCGCCUGCCCGGGCUCUUUGACUUCCGGGUGCCCGGGGUGACUUCCAUCUCGUGCGACACGCACAAGUAUGGCUUCGCGCCCAAGGGGUCCUCGGUGAUCAUGUACGCCACGCGUGCCCUGCGGGCGUAUCAGUACUUUGUGACGCCGGACUGGUCGGGCGGUAUCUAUGCCUCGCCGUCGAUCGCUGGCAGCCGGCCUGGCGCCGUGCUGGCUGGUGCCUGGGCUACCAUGGUGUACAUGGGCCGUGCUGGCUAUGUGGCUGCCACUCGGCAGAUGGUGUCCGCCGCGCGGCGCCUGACUCAGGGCAUCCGCGAGAUCGAGGGGCUCUAUGUGAUUGGCGAGCCGCUGAUCACGGUGGUGGCCUUUGCCAGCGACAAGUAUGACAUCUUCGUUGUCAGCGCCGAGAUGACCAAGCGUGGCUGGAACCUCAACACGCUGCAGUUCCCCUCCAGCAUUCACUACUGCUGCACCAUGCUCACCACUGACCAGGUGGUCAACCAGUUCCUCGCCGACCUGGGUGAGAUUAUGACCGAGGUUCGCCGGCACCCGGAUGCCAAGCCCACCGGCACGGCGGCCAUCUACGGCAUGGCUGCCGCCCUGCCCGAUCGGUCGAUCAUCUCCGAGGUGACCACCACCUUUGUGGAUGCCCUGUACAAGGCGUAAGACAGAGGCAUCCCACAGGAGGCGGCACGGGGGGCCGGCGGAGCAUACUUGGCAGGCAUGCCGCCCCCCCCCCCCCCUUCCCCU